UUGGUAUUUUCUGGAACGCAGUUUGCUCCUGUCAAAUUAACGAUUUGCCAUCCGAACUGACAGAUUAGCCCUAAUUGCCGCAGGUAUGGAAAUGGGGAACACCUGCUCGUGGUCGCCAGAUUCGCAAAAACACCAUACCAAAUUUCCAGAGACGGUCUGGACUCAGCAGUGCGCACUCAGUCUGGUCAUACUGUCACCACAGAACAAGAGGAACGUGAGAAGGAACGCGAGAAGGAACGAGAGGAGGCCAAAACACAAUAGGCAAAUAGACCCGAUCCAUCUCGCUGGCCAGUGGCCACCGAACGGAAUGGCUGGAUUUUUGGAGACUAGAAAGCGCAGCCGAGAGGAUGACCUUCCCUGCGAGUCCACGCCUCUCUCGAAGCGCAUCAACAAUCUGCACCUGAACUAUGACGACGGCAACAGCAACAGCAGCAGCAGCUGCAGCAUUCCGCCCCUGGGCAACGGCGACACCAACAACUAUCGGGGAUCAGGUGGCGACGGAGGAGCAGCCGUGGUGAUUGGCCCGCCAGUGAACGAAUACAAUCCGGAGCUGGGGGCCGAGCAGAAUCCAUACUAUUACGAGAAGAACAAGAUGCUCUACGACCUACACAUUGAGCGGAUGAAGCGCAGCAACCAGUAGCUGCGCAGGAUCGGUGGACGAAGGCCAUCGACUCUCGAAUCGCGGCGGAUUGGGGUGCCGCCCGUCAAGUGCCAAUCGAGGCUCGGGUCGCAGGAUGCGGGCUGCGGCCGGGUUCGAGGCUCAGGUCGCAGGAUGGGUCCGAGUACAAACACGUUUAGUCCUAGUUUAUUUGUAGUUUACAUCCUUCGUUAUUGUAUUGUGCAUGGAACAGGAGACAACUCUGCGAUUGCGUUUGUGUGAUAGGCAUUCUAAACUCGAAACUAGAGAGCAUUAACAUCGUCACGGUGGAGCCGGGACUUCCCCAAACACGCACAUGUAAUCUAGGUCUUGCCAUCUACGAGCUGUAUAUUUAAUUCAUGUAUUUAUAAACUGCUACGGUUAGUCGAUUAUUCUUAGAAA